GCGGAGGAGGAGGAGUGCCGUCCGAACAGGCUAGUCGGAGCAGGAAGAGGAGUAGGUAGAGUAAGUGGUGGAGGACGACGCAUGAGGAGCACACUCUGAGACAUCCUUCAAGAAGACUUAGUGGAGGUGAGGCAGGGCUGUCAGUGACCUGUCCAUACUCUAUGCCUGAGAGUACGCAAAAACUAUACCCCAUUUAGCCUCCCUACCCCGCAUAGGUGACCUGGCUCUCGUCAACAUCAACAAUCAACAUCCAGCCUAACCUAACCUUUAUUCAGGGCUACCCUAGAUGGCCUAUUCCCUCCCCUUUUCCGGCCCACGAUACUUUGGCCGGAGAUCGAAAGGGACCCACAGAUAGCAUGCGGUUGCCCCUAACAUUGCGCCCGCAGUUGGGCCCAUAGUGCCAGCCUCCACGUGCUGUGUUCUGACACUGACAUGAUGAAGCGGGCACUGAGACUGAUAGUAACUGCAACCCAGCUGCCGCAGCGUCAUCGGCUUUUGAUGGCUGUGGCAGGAGCUGGCGGAACAGCUACGGUGAUGACAGCCGCAGCUGUGGGUCUUCUGCCGGAGAAGCCGAUGCAAUUGCCUGCUGACAUGGAUGUCGUGCUGGCAAAGCGGACGCUUGCUGCGAGCAAGGUCUGGCAAUCAGGCCAUGGCAUUAUUCGUGCAACAAGGGCGGCGUGCACAUUUGCUAGCAACUCCUUGGAUUACAAGUACUCAUUGCGGAAUCUAGAGAAAGGAUCUCCUGAGUACGACAAGGUGCGUUCAAAAGUGCAUGACCGUGCUGCGCGGCGUAUUCUCUCGUUAUGUGAAUCCAAUCGCGGUAUAUACGUUAAGGCCGGGCAGUUCAUCGCAUCCGUUCCGGGAAUGCCGAUGGAAUUCAGGACAACACUCUCUGUUCUGCAGGACAAGGCGAAACAUUUACCGUUCUCGGCGAUUGACAAGGUGUUUGAAGAGGAGUUUGGGAAAAGCGCGAUGGAAAUUUUUGACCAAUUUGAAGAGGAACCCAUCGCUGCGGCGUCCCUCGCACAAGUUCAUAAGGCGGCGAUGGCGGAUGGUCGUGAAGUUGCUGUUAAGGUACAAUACCCUUUAUUGGACCUCCAGGUGGCAAUGGACGUACAGACGAUGACAUUGUUGUCAAAGGGGGUCACGAUACUGUUCCCCAACUUCCAAUUCGAGUGGCUUGUCGCCGAAUUCUCAAAGAAUUUGGAGAAGGAACUAGACUUCUUGCAGGAAGCAAGGAACGCGGAGCGAGUCGCAAAGAGCCUUCCGAAGAAGACCAUGACGGUCCCAAAGAUUGAAAGAGAUCUUACGACGUCGAGGAUCUUGACGAUGGAGUAUAUUCAUGGAAUCAAGGUGGAUGACGUGGAUUCUCUGACGAGAGCAGGCAUCGAUUCAGCGACGGUGGCAGAAACUUUGAUCGAAGCAUUUGCCGACAUGGUUUUCCAACAGGGAUUCGUGCACGGAGAUCCGCAUCCGGGAAACAUUCUUGUCCGUCCACUCGGCGGCGUUGUCGGGGGGGGGAAGGAGCGGCGACGGGGAACGAGUCCAACCAGGUUUGAACUCGUUUUGCUGGACCAUGGGCUGUACCACGAGCUGAACGAGUUCUUUCGGGUGAAUUACUGCAGGCUGUGGAAAUCUCUGAUCUGGUUCGACGAACACGAGCUAAAGGUCGCUAGCGAUGCCCUCGGUGCCGGAGAGCACUUCAAGUUCUUCCCAGUUCUUUUUACGGGGCGCUAUUUCAGCAGCAAGAGUACUCUCGGUGCGGGUCUCUCCGAUGACGAAAAGGCGAAGCUAAGGAAAGAGCUGAAGGAUUUCUCGCUCGCGUACAUCGUGAGUUGGUUCGAAAAAUUGCCGCGCGAAAUGGUCGUUGUUCUUCGAGUCGAGGGUUUGAUCCGCCAAGUGGCAAGGCGUUUGGGUAUUGUACCGAGGCGACGACUGGUGAUAAAUGCGAAGUAUGCCGCGAAGGGAAUCCUUGAGUCAGAGAUACGGCAGCGAAGGCUAUUGUCGUGGGCGUCGAUGAGAGCUACCCUGCAGUUUACGAGAUUGAUGCUCGUUCUUCGGACCACGGACUUCGUCAUUCGCGCCAAAGAAUUCUAUUUAAGGUUGUUGGAUACCGUUGCUCAUUGCCUACAUCACAUAGAGAUGGUUGGAAAACAGCAUGUAAUGCCAAUCGCCGCCGCAGUUCGGUUCUGAAGUCUAUCUAGGCCUUGUUGGCCACUCCACAAGGCCUGGAUAUCACAUUUCUCUCUUUCGUCUUCCAUCCCUUAUAUUUGGUCUGCAAUUUCAUGUGUAACACUAUUACGUGAAUGUGCCGAGCACAAGUCACAUCCCGGAAGCAAUAAAGCUGUGCAAAGCAA